AUGAUGUUUUACCUAAAAUCUUUGCCAAACCUCUCGUCUCUUACUGCUUCUCUUCUUGAUAGUCAGAACGAUGAUUUUGCUUAUGUUUAUCGAAUUAUCUUCGAUUUAAAGCCAUUAAGAUACUUGAAGCUAGAUGCAUCAACAUAUCAAAGACUCAAUCUUGAUUUACCAAUUGCUGUUCAUGGACAGUUUUCAUCUCUCGAGUAUUUGGUUAUUUUUCAUCCGAUUUUUCUCGAUGAACUUGCUCAUUUGUUGUCUUAUGCUUCUCAACUUUCACAUUUCUCAUGCUCGAAUCUAAUCGAAUCACACUAUGAUAUGAAAUUCAAAGAAUCAAUCAAAUCGAAGAAUUUAGAACAUUUGACAAUAAUAACACAUAGCUUGAUAUUCGAUAGAUUUCAAGAGUUCUUUACGAAAUUGUUUCUUGAAUUGACAGUUUUAAUUAUGACAAUUAAUGACACAGUGAACAGCUAUUUGAAUGAUUCUCGAUGGGAAUAUCUCAUUACAAAGCAUAUGCCUGAUUUGAAGAAAUUUGUUUUUCGCUACAAUAGUGUUGUUAAUGAAGGCUUUCAAAUAAGGUCUUAUCAUGAAUUUAUCAAUGGAUCUUUCGAAUUUUUGUUCCCUCUACUGAAAGAAGGAUUAUGCGCCGAGCUGAUAUCACUGGAAAAACGAGUUGAUGUCCGUCCUUUCGUUCGUUCAUUUUGUCUUCAAAUAUUAUCGAUCGAUGGUCGCUGGUAG